GCGGCCAUGAGCGACAACAUCCCCCUGCAGCCGGUCAGGCAGAAGAAGCGCAUGGACAGCAAGCGCCGCGGAGGGUGUUGUGACUGCUUAAGAUGUUGCGGAAGAGGAGACCCGAGGCCUCGAACUGUUUGGCUUGGCCACCCAGAGAAGAGAGAGCAGCGAUACCCACGCAAUGUGAUCAACAACCAAAAAUACAACUUCUUUACUUUUUUACCAGGGGUGCUGUUCAACCAGUUUAAAUACUUCUUCAACCUCUACUUCUUGUUUCUGGCCUGUUCUCAAUUUGUUCCUGAAAUGAGGCUUGGUGCCCUGUACACGUAUUGGGUUCCACUGGGUUUUGUGCUCGCCGUGACCAUCAUCCGCGAGGCGGUAGAGGAGAUCCGAUGCUACAUGCGUGAUAAGGAAGUGAACUCCCAGAUCUACAGCAAGCUCACAGCGAGAGGAACAGUCAAGGUGAAGAGUUCAAAUAUUCAAGUGGGAGACCUUAUCAUUGUGGAAAAGAACCAACGAGUCCCCGCAGACAUGAUCUUCCUGAGGACGUCGGAAAAGAACGGGUCCUGCUUUCUGCGUACGGAUCAACUGGAUGGUGAAACAGACUGGAAGCUGCGCCUGCCCGUCAGCUGCACUCAGAGAUUACCCACUGCUUCAGAUCUUCUUCAGAUCCGAUCCUAUGUGUAUGCAGAGGAGCCUAACAUUGACAUCCACAACUUCGUUGGGACUUUUACUAGAGAGGACAGCGACCCUCCAGUGAACGAGAGCUUAAGCAUUGAAAAUACUCUGUGGGCCAGCACUGUGAUAGCUUCAGGAACUAUUGUGGGAGUUGUUCUCUACACAGGCCGGGAACUGCGCAGUGUUAUGAACACAUCAAAUCCACGGAGUAAAAUUGGCCUCUUUGACUUGGAAGUGAAUUGCCUCACCAAGAUUCUCUUUGGUGCUUUAGUGGUGGUUUCUCUUGUCAUGGUUGCUCUUCAACACUUUGCUGGCCGUUGGUAUCUUCAGAUCCUCAGAUUUCUUCUUCUUUUCUCAAACAUCAUUCCGAUCAGUUUACGUGUGAAUCUAGACAUGGGGAAAAUAGUCUACAGCUGGAUGAUCCGGAGGGAUUCCAAAAUUCCUGGCACUGUGGUUCGAUCCAGUACAAUCCCAGAACAAUUAGGAAGAAUAUCCUAUUUGCUUACAGAUAAAACAGGGACCCUAACGCAAAAUGAGAUGGUUUUCAAACGCCUACACCUUGGAACUGUGGCUUACGGACUAGACUCCAUGGAUGAAGUUCAGAGCCAUAUAUUUAGUAUAUACACUCAGCAGUCCCAGGAGCCACCUGCUUCGAAAGGCCCCGCCUUGGCUACCAAAGUCCGGAAAACCCUGAGCAGUCGGGUCCACGAGGCGGUGAAAGCAAUAGCCCUCUGCCACAACGUGACUCCUGUCUAUGAAUCGAAUGGUGUGACGGAUCAAGCUGAAGCAGAGAGGCACUACGAAGACUCAUGCCGGGUGUACCAAGCUUCUAGUCCUGAUGAGGUGGCCCUGGUACAGUGGACGGAGAGUGUCGGCUUGACCCUGGUCGGCAGAGAUCAGUCUUCUGUGCAACUGAGGACGCCUGGUGGCCACAUCUUAAAUUACACCAUCCUGCAGAUCUUUCCAUUCACUUACGAAAGUAAACGUAUGGGGAUCAUUGUUCGGGAUGAAUCUACAGGAGAAAUAACUUUCUACAUGAAAGGUGCUGACGUGGUGAUGGCUGGCAUUGUUCAAUACAACGACUGGCUGGAAGAAGAGUGUGGCAAUAUGGCAAGAGAAGGGCUCAGGGUCCUUGUAGUAGCCAAGAAAUCCCUGACUGAGGAACAGUAUCAAGACUUUGAGGCACGUUACGUCCAGGCCAAGCUCAGCGUCCAUGACCGGUCCCUGAAGGUAGCAACUGUGAUCGAGAGCCUGGAGAUGGAGAUGGAGCUGCUCUGUCUGACUGGCGUGGAGGAUCAGCUGCAAACAGACGUCAGGCCUACGCUGGAGACUCUGAGAAAUGCCGGCAUUAAGGUAUGGAUGCUCACAGGGGAUAAAUUGGAAACAGCCACAUGUACAGCUAAGAAUGCACAUCUGGUCACCAGGACCCAGGACAUUCAUAUAUUUAGACUGGUGACCAACCGUGGAGAAGCUCACUUGGAACUGAACGCCUUCCGCCGCAAGCACGACUGUGCCCUUGUGAUCUCUGGCGACUCGUUGGAGGUCUGCUUGAAAUACUAUGAGUACGAGUUCAUGGAGCUGGCGUGUCAGUGUCCAGCAGUGGUCUGCUGCAGAUGUGCCCCGACCCAGAAAGCACAGAUUGUGCGCUUGCUCCAAGAGAGAACUGGGAAGCUGACCUGUGCAGUUGGUGAUGGUGGGAAUGACGUCAGUAUGAUUCAGGAAGCUGAUUGUGGUGUUGGAGUGGAAGGAAAGGAAGGCAAGCAGGCUUCUCUCGCUGCAGACUUCUCCAUCAGUCAGUUUAAACACCUGGGCCGGUUACUGAUGGUGCACGGACGGAACAGCUACAAAAGAUCGGCAGCUCUCAGCCAGUUCGUGAUCCACAGAAGCCUGUGCAUCAGUACCAUGCAGGCUGUUUUCUCUUCAGUGUUCUACUUCGCCUCCAUCUCCCUCUACCAGGGCUUCCUCAUCAUUGGGUAUUCUACAAUCUACACCAUGUUUCCGGUGUUCUCUCUGGUCCUGGACAAGGAUGUCAAAUCAGAAGUUGCCAUGCUAUAUCCAGAGCUCUACAAAGAUCUUCUGAAGGGGAGGCCAUUAUCCUACAAAACGUUUUUGAUAUGGGUUUUGAUAAGUAUUUAUCAAGGUAGCAUCAUUAUGUACGGAGCACUGCUGCUGUUUGAAUCGGAGUUUGUCCACAUUGUGGCCAUUUCCUUCACGUCCCUGAUCCUCACAGAGCUGUUGAUGGUGGCGCUGACCAUCCAGACGUGGCACUGGUUCAUGAUAGUGGCCGAAUUACUCAGUCUUUCCUGCUACAUUGCUUCGCUGGUCUUCUUACACGAAUUUAUUGAUGUUUAUUUCAUCACAACCUUAUCGUUCUUGUGGAAGGUGACGGUCAUCACCUUGGUCAGCUGCCUCCCUCUCUACGUCCUGAAGUACCUGAGGCGAAGGUUCUCUCCUCCGAGCUAUUCGAAGCUGACGUCAUAGGUGCUUCUCCCAACGAAGCAAAGACUCGUGUUUUUUUGCACAGUGCUCACAGACAAAAUCAAUGUGUGUUCAUCAUAGUAACAGCUGCCUCUGACAGUUGUGUAAGGGUUGUGCGUUGACUGGUGACCUUUGUGGGAAAAGACUGAAUAAUUGGCAGUUGAGCAAGUUGGCUAGGAGUCAGCCAAGUAAGCGGGAAGAACUGCCUGAUCGGUCAAGCUCUGUCCAUUUCUAUUUA